UUUCGACAGUGAGUCGUCAUAUGGGAAGCCACCUGCGCUAGCAGGAAAACGCUGGAAAUUUAUUAAUUUUCAAAAUGAGGACAACGAUUUUAGCAAACUUUUUUCUUUGUGCUGUGCAACUCACCCUGGUGAUUGCGAUGAGACGAGACUUGUACGAAAUACUAGGAGUGAAAUCUGACGCGUCAUCAAGUGAAAUUAAGCGGGCUUUCCGGAAAAUGGCCCUGCGAUAUCAUCCUGACAAGAACAAGGCGACUGACGCUACUGAGAAGUUUUUUGAGCUAUCUGAAGCAUUUGACAUUUUGAUAAAUCCUGAACUGAGGAGGAAGUAUGACUCGGGAGACUAUGGACCAAAAGUUGAGGAGCAGCACACUUAUCAGGGUGAUAAUUUCAAAUUCACCCCAAACGAUUUCUUCGCAAAACAUUUUGAGAAGCACAUGGAGCAGCAAUUAAAUAAUCCUCACCUUUCGCCCUCAAUGAGAAAUAGUUUGAAAGAGCACUUGCUGAAGCAUUAUGAAUCGCUAAAGAAGGCACAGCAAGAGGUGAAAAAAGCAAGUAUUCACCACGUGCAUCAUAAUGUCGCCAGUGUUGAAAAUACUGUCACAUCGAAUGAUCCAAAUUUGAAGUGCGAAACAAUCACCACAAAAGUAGGCGAUUCUAUAACAAAGACAACAAGUUGCAAAUCCUAAAUUUUCGGACCAAUAAUAUCUUUCAUUUAGAUAAUUUUUUAUAUGUUUGCCUUCAUUUAAUUUAUAAAUGCACAUACAGCCCACUCGUGAAAGUGGUGAUUUUAUGUUGUUGUGUGCCACGAUACGAAUCACUAUCUACUGUGUACGUGUAAGACCUAAAGAGACCGUCAACGACAGAAUGAAAUGAUAAAGUUUACGAGUUGAGUAUGCAACCUGUUUAACUUAUAAAUCAAGCCAGUUGCAUAUGCUAAAACUUUUAAAUCAAAAAUGUCAUCUCAUGCAAAGGAUACGCAAGAUGAUCAUGCAUUGUGUUUAGUCAACUUUUUAACGAUAUAAAUAUAAAAUACAUACAAAUCAAACAGUGCAGAAUUUUAUU